AUGGGCCACAAGCCAGUUACUUUGGCCUUUGCCGGCCUGAUGCUGAGCCCCGGAGUACUGGCGCAGCUAUUCACAGUCAACUGCGCGCCCCUUACCAUUCAGCGGGGCGACCCCAUCAUAUUCCCGGGGGUGAUAUCUCCCCACGUCCACGCGGUUGUGGGAGGCACAGCUUUUGCGCUCUCCGAGUCCAACGAAGCCGCCAAGGCAUCCAAGGCGACCACUUGCGACAAGAUCCUGGACAACAGCAACUACUGGCAGCCGCAGCUCUACCACCAACGCCGCGAUGGCAAGUUUGAGAUUGUAGAGAUGCAAGGAAUUGCUGCGUACUACAUCAACCGGGCAUGUGACUACGCACCUGGCCGUAACAACUGCAACGGCACGCCCUACGCCAAAGCCCCUCCUGCAGGGUUGCGCAUGGUGGUUGGCGACCCGUACCUGAGGACGUACAAUCAGUCGAACCCGGAGCAACGAGCCAUAUCACAUGUUUGCCUGGGCCAAGGUGACUCUCCUGAGUCGCCUAGUCUUCCGACAAAGCAGUGUGAGCGCAUGCGAGCCGAGACCUUCUUCCCUUCCUGCUGGGAUGGCAAGAAUCUCGACAGUGCAAGCCACAAGAGCCACGUGGCGUUCCCAGCCAUUGGAGACUACAACACUGGUGUCUGCCCGCAGUCGCAUCCAGUGGCCAUUCUUUCGGUAUUCUUUGAGUUCUUCUACGACACGGGCGCCGUUAAGGACUUCAACCGAUGGGUGUGGGCCAUGGGUGACGCCACCGGCUAUGGUCUACACGGUGACUUCCUCAAUGGCUGGAAGGAUCAGGAUGCACUGAGCCGCGCCAUGGAAACUUGCACAGGGGCUGACGGAGUCAACGCUCCCGGGUGCAGCUUGAAUGUCGGGCCCGACGGACCAGGCCAUGCUAGCUGGCAGCCUGUGGAGACAGCUCCUCCUAAGGAGGAGAUAGGUUUGAACGGGCCGCUCGAUAAGCUGCCUGGCAAUAACCCUGUUACUGGGUAG